AAGUAUGCUCGCUUUCUUCCUUGAAAAUAUCAUGCUGCAGCGCCUGAGCUCGCACGACUCUUGCACACCGGUUGGAUUACCAACCAAGGUGUUCCGGAAGACAAAGUGAGCGACCGAGACACUCGCUUCAUGUCAGCCUUUUGGACUUCUCUCAUGACGGAGUCCGGCACGACAAUGAAGCCGAGCUCAGCUCGGCACCCGCAGACGGGUGGUCUGACGGAGCGAGCGCACCAGACUGCUCAGAUGAUGUUGCGUACGCUAAUCCAUCCCGACCAGAAAGAUUGGGUUGACCGGCUUCCCGACAUCGAGUUCGCCUACAACACUUCGGUGCACCCGGCGAUCUGCGUCACACCAUUCGAGCUACAUCAUGGUGGAGAGAAAGCACGGAUCUUCGCUGAUCUCCUUUUGCCACAGGCUGCCGACAUAGACAUCCCUUGCUCUCCCGCUUCUGUCAGGAAGUAUCGAGACUUGCUGAUCAAAGCCCGCGCGAAUAUGCAAAAGGCUCAGGUCCGCAUGCAGCAGCAAGCUAACCGACAUCGACUUCCAAGUCCUUUCCGCGAGGGAGACCUUGUUUGGGUCCUCUCCGAGGAAUUUGCGCUCGAGCAGGAUGUUUCGCGCAAACUCCUUCCGAAAUGGUUCGGAUCAUGGGAAGUCACUUCUGUCGUUGGAGACGACCCCGCCGGUCCUUCCUUCGUGAUCAACAUUCCACCGCACCUAACAGUGCAUCGGGUCCUACAUGCAUCGAAGUUGGCCAUCUACAYGCCACCUCCAGCUGACGAAUUCCCCGGACGUCGAUCACAGGAUCCGCCUUCUAUGGACGGACAUCAGGAAGUUGACCGAGUCAUCACGCACCGCAAGUAUGGCAACAAGCCAAGGCAGUACAAGGUCACAUUCAAGCAAUGUGCGCCUGAUGACACUCGGUGGAUCUCCAGUGAAGAUUUGCAUACUUCUGCACCCCUCAUCUUCGCAGACUAUGAGAAGCGUAGCCUUGCUAAGGACGCAGCUCGUCCUGCCCGACCCACCCCGGUAUCGGACAGACAACUUCGCCCUCGCAGGUAGCUCGGAAUUUUAAGAGGGGGAGUGUGUUACAUCUUCGACUCACACGGGUCCUACCGGACCCGACUUAGGGCUAGAGGGAC